GCAAGAAAAUACAUCAUUGAUGCUAUGGGUGAGAAAUAUGUAGAGGGAGCCAUCUUGGACUUAGAGAAGACAUGGGAAGAGUCAGAUCCACGUACUCCUCUCAUAUGCUUUCUUUCCAUGGGCUCGGAUCCUACAGACUCCAUUAUUGCUUUGGGAAAGAGACUGAAGACAGAGACGCGUUGUGUUUCCAUGGGCCAGGGGCAAGAUAUCCAUGCUCGUAAACUUCUACAGCAGACAAUGGCUCGUGGAGGUUGGGCACUUCUGCAAAACUGCCACCUUGGACUUGACUUUUUGGAUGAGUUGAUGGACACUGUAAUAGAGACAGAGACUGUCCAUGAAAGCUUUCGACUGUGGAUGACAACUGAAAUUCACAAACAUUUCCCCAUCACCCUUCUUCAAAUGUCUAUUAAGUUUACCAAUGAACCGCCACAAGGGCUCAGAGCUGGACUAAAGAGAACAUAUAGUGGUGUCAGCCAGGAUUUACUAGAUGUCAGUGACAUGGUACAAUGGAAACCAAUGUUGUAUGCUGUAGCCUUUCUACACUCCACUGUUCAAGAAAGACGCAAGUUUGGAUCUCUGGGUUGGAAUAUACCCUAUGAGUUUAAUCAAGCUGAUUUCAAUGCUACUGUGCAGUUCAUUCAAAACCACUUGGAUGGCAUGGAUACCAAGAAGGGGAUCUCCUGGAGUACUCUUUGUUACAUGAUAGGUGAGAUCCAGUAUGGUGGCCGUGUGACAGAUGACUAUGACAAAAGACUCAUGAACACCUUUGUAAAGGUUUGGUUCAGUGAAAAUACAUUCAGUCAGGAAUUCAGCUUCUACAAAGGAUACAGUAUACCCAAAUGUACUAUGGUGGAUCAAUACCUUCAGUACAUACAGAGUCUUCCUGCUUAUGACACACCAGAGGUGUUUGGUCUGCACCCUAAUGCGGAUAUCACUUACCAAAGUAAACUUUCAAAAGAUAUAUUGGACAUCAUCCUCAGUAUUCAGCCUAAAGAUAGCUCUGGUGGAGGAGGUGAAACCCGAGAGGCAGUUGUAGCCAGACUGGCUGAUGAUAUGUCUGCUGAUUAUAUACCAUUUGAAGUAAAAGAGAAACUAAAGCAUAUGGGACCUUUUCAGCCUAUGAACAUAUUUUUGCGACAGGAGAUUGCACGAAUGCAGACAGUUAUUUCAUUAGUGAGAAGCACUCUGACUGACCUAAAACUUGCCAUUGAUGGGACAAUUGUUAUGAGUGAAAAUCUGAGGGAUGCUUUGGACUGCAUGUAUGAUGGAAGGAUUCCUGCUAGCUGGAAAAAAGCAUCUUGGGCUUCCAGUACACUUGGUUUCUGGUUUACUGAGCUUCUAGAAAGAAACCACCAAUUUUACAAUUGGAUUUUUGAAAGCCGACCAAACUGCUUCUGGAUGACAGGGUUUUUUAAUCCUCAAGGAUUUUUAACUGCAAUGAGGCAGGAAAUAACAAGGGCUAACAAAGGAUGGGCUCUUGACAAUGUAGUGCUGUGCAAUGAGGUCACUAAAUGGAUGAAGGAUGAUAUCACAAGCCCUCCUUUGGAAGGUGUCUAUGUGUAUGGGCUGUAUUUGGAAGGAGCUGGUUGGGACAGAAGAAACAUGAGACUGACUGAAUCUAAGCCCAAGGUGCUCUUCGAGAUGAUGCCGGUUAUAAGGAUAUAUGCAGAGAAUAACACUUCAAAAGGCCCACGUCUGUAUUCAUGUCCAGUCUACAAAAAGACCAUACGAACAGAUAAGAAUUACAUUGCUGCUUUGGAUCUUAAAACCCUUCAGCCUCCAGAGCACUGGGUACUGCGUGGGGUAGCACUUCUGUGUGAUGUCAA